CCUUCCUUCUUGUUCUCCCUCUGCAGGUGGAGCAGAACUGGGCAACGCUACAGGGGGGCGAGAUGACCAUCCAGACGACGCAGGCAUCAGAGGCCACGCAGGCAGUGGCAUCGUUAGCAGAAGCAGCAGUGGCAGCAUCUCAGGAGAUGCAGCAAGGAGCAACUGUUACCAUGGCACUCAACAGCGAAGCAGCAGCCCACGCGGUCGCCACGCUUGCUGAAGCCACUCUCCAAGGUGGAGGACAGAUCGUCCUGUCUGGUGAAACCGCGGCGGCAGUAGGAGCGCUUACCGGAGUCCAAGAUGCCAAUGGCAUCCUAGCAGCAGACUGUUCAGGUUGCAAGUGGAGCCUAGCAGAGAGUUUAUCAGCAAAGCCAGCCGAUCAAGGAAGCUUAGAAGGGUUAUUCGUUAAGCUUUCGUCUGUGGAGCACGGUAAAAAAAGCUUUCAUUGUACAGGCCUCGUCCAGAUCCCCGUCAGCAUGUACCAGACCGUGGUGACCAGCCUGGCCCAGGGCAACGGCCCCGUGCAGGUCGCGAUGGCUCCCGUGACCACGCGGAUAGCGGACAGUGCCGUCACCAUGGACGGGCAGGCGGUGGAAGUGGUGACCUUGGAACAGUGACGGGUGCCCGCAGCGGGAUCGUGGUGGUGAAUUUUCCCCCGUCUCUUACGCGAAUGAAUUUUAAUUAUUAAUUUUUAUUUUUUUUUUUUUUUAAAAAACGCCUCUCCAGAGAUGAAAUCAGGUGGCAUCGCGUCUCCCAGCUUUGGAAAGCAAAAGGUUUUUGUUAACCUUUUUUUUUGUUUUUUAAAAGGAAAAAAAAAAAAGAAAAACAUAGCAGAGGAUGUGUGUAAAGUGCAUUUUUAUAGCGCCACUCAUCUCCUAGGAGCGAGCGGCCAAAUUCCGACGGGACUUUCAUUAAAAAGGAAAAAAAAAAAAGCAG